AUUUUGUAUAUCGGCAUCUUUUUAAUGGCGGCCAUUCUUGAUCUAUCACUAGUCUAGUUUGGCAAAUUGGUCUUACAAUACAGAUUAAAAGAAGAAUCCCUAUACUAUAUUUCGUUUUGAACUUUCUGUUCUUAAUAAUGCCAAGAACUAAACAAUCUGCUAGAGGAAAGAAGAGAGGCAGGAGAGCUGCCAAAGGUUCAGAAGAGGUGGAUGACAAGAUGGAAGUAGAAACCUCAGAUCAAGCUGAUAGUGAAACAGUUAAGCAAUUGGAUGAAAGUCAGACAUCUGAAGUUGCAGAUGAAAGUCAUGCUUCUGAAGUAGCAGAUGAAAGUCAUGCUUCUGAAGUAGCAGAUGAAAGUCAUGCUUCUGAAGUUGCAGAUGAAAGUCAUGCUUCUGAAGUUGCAGAUGAAAGUCAUGCUUCUGAAGUUGCAGAUGAAAGUCAAGCAUUUGAGACUGCAGAUGAAAGCAUUAAUUUGGAACAAGGGAAUGGGUCAGUGUGCAAGGAUACUGAAGCACAGGAAGUAAAUGAGAAUGACAAUACAAAGAUAGAUGAGGGCAGAGAAGAUUCUGAAGAAAAUACUGUUAAAGAGACCCAAGACAAUGGAUGUGAAAUUAACGCAAACAGUAAUAAAGAAGACAUGCUGGUUGAAGAGGGCAUAGAUGAAAAUUUUGAAAAAAGUGAAGAGAAGAAAAUAGACAAGCCAGAGGAAGUUAUUAUACCCUAUAAGCCUCAUACAUUCCCAGAUUUCAGUAGUCUGCAGUUGAUUGAAAAGUGGGAGUGGCAUAUUAGAAUUUUCCCAAUAGACCAAGCAGAUAUCAGAACAUGUGUACUGGAAUCAGUUUCCAAAAUAGCCCAGGAAACUUGGUUUUACAUUGACAAAAAAAAUUAUGGGAUGGGUGCAUUUGACUUGUGUUUGAGAAGCACAAAUGAUGCUGCCAUGGUCAUGCUGAAGACAUUGCAUGCUCCCAUGACCUAUCGAUAUGUGACCAUUCAAGUAAACAGGAGGGCAAAAAACAAAGAACAGAUUGAAAAAAUUAGAGCCAAGGCAUCUUUAAAAGAAAAAACUGAAAAUGAAACCGAUGAUGAUGAAGUCGAAGAAGAGAUAGAAAAAAUGCCUUACACUGAAGUUGAAGAAACAGCAACAUUGCUCCUUGACUACUACCAUACACCAACAUUUGAAAAGAUUAAAGGCAAGGAGAAGAAACGCUCACUGUUUGUGAAAUAUUUGCCAGAGAGCACUUCGAAAGAGCUGCUCAAUGUGCUCUUUCCUGUUGCUAAUAAUUUGGACAUCAUAAAGACCGGAAAAGGUCGUAGGGUUGGUGAUUUGAAUGUCACGUCUGCAAGUAAUGUACCUGGAAUAUGCAACUCUUAUAUUGCAAUACACAUUAAUGGAGAUGAAAGAAUUUGCCUUGAUUGGAAAGAAGAAAAUAUUGAUGAUGGUGUUCAACCUGAAGCUUAUACUGGAGAGAGUCCAUGGGAAAUUUUGCCAAGAACUUUUGAAAUUGAAUAUGAAAUGGUACCAGAUAUGCAUGAAGAUGAGACAAUCCAAUAUCGCAAACGCAAAAGAGAAAUGGAAAUCGAGAAUCGCAAAAAUAGGCCUAAAUUAGAUGGCAGGCGAUCAAAGGAUAACAACAGAUCUAAACCAGAUAGACCCAAAGCAGAAAUGAAUCGAUCACGACCAGAUGGUAAUAGAGGAAAAGAAGUAGUUCGUUCAAAAACAGAAGGUAUUCGUCCUUUAUUGGAGGGGCUUAAAGGAGAAAAACGAGAAAGGAGAAGCCGGUGGGAUAAAGUGCCCGUUGCUGGAGCUGAUGUAAUCAAAUUACAAAUGGAAAUGAAUGAAAAAAUUCAGUCACAACUUGCAUUGUUACAAUCUGUAACAGCAGGUGUCAUUCCAAGUCUUAUGGAUGCUCCUAUAUUGGGUGGACGAUCCAGGGAUACAAGUCGCAAAGACAAGAAAAGAGACAGAGGUAACAGAUUUAGGAAAGCCUCAGAAAGCAGUAGAGUCUCAGAUGACUCUAGACACAGCAGAGAAAGGGCUUUAGAUAGAAAAGAAAGAAGUAGAGACAGAGAAAGACGUGACAGUCAUGGACGUUCAUCCCCACCAAGUAGAAUGGGACGGUUUGAUAUCCCAGUGCAUGGUGGACACUUUGGGGGUGGAAGAAGUCAGAGUUUUAUGGGGUACAAUGACAGAGAAAGAGGUGGUAGAUUUUCUGAUUACCCUGCAGACUCUUAUGGCUUUAGAAAUAGGUACGAUGAUAUGGGAGGGGGACCUAUGGAUGACCCAAGAGGGUUUGGACAAUUUGAUGACAUGGGCAGAGGUCGUUUUGAGCCCCGUGGGGGUGGCUUCUUUGAACCUCCAGCAAGGGGUGGCAAUUAUUUUGAUUCUCCAGCAAGGGGUGGCCUUUUGGAUAAUCCUGUGAGAGGAGGGGGUCAUUUAGAUAACCAAGGAAGAGGUGGUCAUUUUGGAAAUCAGGGAAGAGGUCGUUUUGAUCAAUCAGGGAGGGGAGGAGGGCGCUUUGACCAUCAUGGCAGGGGCAGUGGCAGUUCCGAUAAAUCUGGUAGGGGCAGUAAUGCAGAGAGUACUGGUAGAGGAGGGUCCCGCGGUGAUAGGGGCAGGGGUGGUGGGUUUGAAAACAGAAAUAGAGGGGGUGGAGGUUAUGAAAACCGAGGAAGAGGCAAAAAUUUUGGCAGGGGGGCAUCAGCAGGUGGUCAGCAAAACUUUGGGGGUCAAAAUUUUGGAAAUCAGCAAACUGCAUUUGGCUAUCCAAAUAAUUAUGGAAAUCAAAACAACAAUUACACCCCUCAAAAUAGUUACUCCUCUAGGCCUACUUACAAUCAGCAGGGCAGCUUUGGCAAUCAGCAAGCUAAUCAGAUGCCUACUCAGCAGACAGAUUACAAUACCCAACCAACUCAACAAACAGAUUACAAUAGUCAACAGACUCCACAAACUGGAUACAGCACUCAGGCCAUUCAGCAGAAUGUUUAUACCAAUCAAGCUUACGGAAAUCAACAGGCAACUUAUGAUCAAACUGCUUGGGGCCAGCAAGCCUAUGGAACCCAGCAGACGUAUGGUUCAGCUGGGACCACUCUAACUGAUGGCUAUUGGGGCCAGACUGAUUACACAGCACAGUCUGGUACAGCCACCUCUAACACACCAGCGGUAGGGCAGCAACAGGACUACACAGCAAGUUAUGGCCAGCAAGCAAAUAAUCAAGCUACAUCUAUAUCCAAUUAUGCAUACAACACACAAAGUAUGGGCAAUGUCUCUGCUAAUGCAGCAGACUACUCAGCUGAUGCUGCAUUUGCCAACCAGGGGUUCUACACAGCUAAUCCAGUAGCUACAGGUGUAACAGAUGGUACAUAUGGUGCAUAUAGCACUCAAGACCCAAAUGCUGCUUAUGGAACAACACAGCAGCAGUCAAAUCUUACCACAGCCUACAAUUUCGCUCAAUACCCAAGCAGUUCUUAAAAUUUACUAAGCUGUUGUUGUUGAGAAUGUUUAUUCCACUGGUGUUGAUCUUAUGAUGGUACAUGCUACAAGUCUGGUCAGCACUCAAAGUCUUUGAUGAAAUGUAGAUUUUGUUCAUCAGUUACGUUUAUCUGUCAUACAAUUUUAACUUGAACUAAGUGAACUGUUUUUGUUUUGGUUUUAAAGAAUUAUUUUUUUUUAUUGUGAUUAACAACCUUAAGUUUUUAUUUUUAAACUAAACUUAGGCAUGACAUAAAUGAUUAAUUUUAAAAAAUUACCUUCCUAUUAAACAUUUUCUUUUUGAAAAGAAAAUGUAAUGUUUAAUGUUUUGCAAUUAUUGCCCAUUAUAUACUAAGCAGUUUUUCUUUUAGCAAAGUAAUUUGUUAAUCAGCUAUCAGUUUAAAAAAAUAUCCUGAGUAUAAAAGAUUGUAGAAAAGAGCUGAAUUUUAAAAUGCUGCCUGUUUCUUAAUUUUAUAAUUAUAGUUUGUAUAUUUGGUAGUUGUUUUUUUUUAUAUGAAAAAAUAAAUUUCUUGUGAAUGCAG